AUGGCGGCGCCUCAGGACUUCAAGUCGCUGCAGGACGGAGUCCAAAAGUCACUGGUCUCCACCGUUAAAUACGCCAACCGCAUCGCCGCUGAGGAUCUCGGUUUCCAGCGCACCGUCAAUCCCGACGCCGCCGAGCAGCUCGACGAAAAGUCGGCACGCCUACUCGACCUCACCGCGCGCUUGUUGCAGUCAGCCGCACGUGCCUGUGGCGUUACCACCCCGGCUCUCGACGAUGCCGAGGACAUCGAUCUGAAUUGGCAGGGUGUUGUCGACGUCGUCGAUUCCGUUCUCGAGAAGGCCGACACAGCCUUGGAUGAAUACACCGGGCUCAUCAAGCGCAAAGAACCGCCCUUGGACGCUUCCUCCAAACCAAAGCGAACGAAACCCACCGGCAAAGUCAUCCGAAAUGCAAAUGUUGGCAAGCCACAAAUCCUCUUCGAGGUACAGCCCGACAAUUUCCCCACUGGUCCUUGGAAACCCAUCAUCACAAAGAAGCCUCAUGCCACCGUACCGUUAAAGGACAGUCUCGUCACGUUCAUUGACGAAGACGGCUCGACACAAUACAAGCACCCGUACGAACCUGAAAUUCUGCAAGGGACGUACCCCGAUAGCGUUUUCAAAGUAGCUGAUCCCAUCCCGUGGCAGCCCACAGAGACAACUACGGCAAAAUGGGUGGAUACGUACGAAGACGUACUCGAAAUGCUGAAAGACUUGAAAAGGGCAGAUGAGAUUGCCAUCGAUCUCGAGCAUCAUGAUUUCCGAACAUACACAGGUUUAGUUUCCCUUAUGCAGAUCAGCACCCGGCAGCAGGACUGGAUUGUCGACACUCUUCAGCCCUGGCGCCAUAAACUCGAGGUGCUCAAUGAGGUCUUCGCAGACCCAUCCAUUGUCAAGGUCUUCCACGGCGCCUACAUGGAUAUGAUCUGGCUUCAGCGUGAUUUGGGACUGUACGUUAAUGGUCUAUUCGACACUUACUUUGCUUGCCAGCAACUGGGCUACUCAGGCCGUAGCCUUGCCUUUCUGCUCUCCAAAUUUGCCGACUUUGACGCUGAUAAGCAGUAUCAGCUGGCCGACUGGCGCAUUCGACCAAUCCCUGAAGAGAUGCUCUACUACGCUCGAUCCGACACCCAUUACCUACUCCACAUCUAUGACCAGGUCCGCAAUGAUCUUGUGUCUUCGUCAAAUCGAAGCGUGCCAGAGCAGGACCUCAUAAGUCGUGCCCUGGAAAAAUCGAGAGAACUAUCUCUGUCUCGGCAUGUGCAUUCAGGCUAUAACGAGGAAACUGGGGAGGGUUCCCGAGGAUGGUACAACUACGUACUGAAGCACUCUCACUUGGCAUACGAUGCAGCACAGUUUACAUUGUUCAAGACUAUUUGGAAAUGGCGGGACGAUACGGCUAGGAAGGAAGAUGAAAGUCCCAACUUUGUUCUGGGAACAAACCAUCUGGCCGAUGUCUGCCGUGCCAGUCCCCCAGACGCCAAGGCUCUUCACAGCCUGAUGCCCCUCACGGCGCCUAUGGCCAGGUCAAGAAUUGACGAAAUCUGGGUGCGAGUUUUGGAAGCCAGUCACAAUCCAGGACUUAGUCUGCUGCAGUUCUUUGCAAGCAUUGCCCCUGAUGCGGCGACGAGAAAUGCGCUGCCCAAGCCAAGCCGUGACUUCACCAAGUUGCCCGAGAUUGGUGGUUCAAUUACCUACAGAAGUUUGUCUCGCUCACGAUUGUUUGGCGACAUAGCCAUCAGCUCCCGAUGGGACGGCUCUCAAGACGUGGAUGAAGGUCUGAAGAUCGAAGUCCCGUUCCCUUGGCAGAGGUUUGUUGCCUCUGUUCAAGAGGGUGCAGAAGUAGAUGAUGAGACGUCGCCCGUUGAGCUAGAAGCUCCUCCACCUGCUCCACCUGCCCUUGUAGAGGAAGAUGAAGAGUUUACGUUGAAACGCGGCACGAAACGCAAGUCGGACUCUACGCUUGAUGAAGACUCGGAGACGAGCGAAGAGUCCGACUCCGGGGAGGAUGAAGAAGGUGACAAGCAAAUGGAGCUGGCGCCGAUGCCGGCCGAUGGCAUCAUUGAUAUCGACGAGCAGCCAAAGAAGCAGAGCAAGGCUGCCAAGAAGCAAGCUGCGCUGGAAAUAAAGCAGAAGCGUGGAGCCAGGAGGGCAUUGAAGGCACAGCGACAGGCGGAGAAGGAGCAGAAGAAGAUGGCUGCAGAGAAGACGUACAACGCGGUGCCCUUUGAUUACAGCAGCGCGGCAUCCGUCAUGCACGCCAAACGUGAUGGUACUGCGGCGAUGGCUAGUCGCCCAGCAAAGCCGCAGAAGGUAUUUGAUCCAUACUCCAAGACGGGUGACGACCCAUUGAAAGACACUCCGGUUUGGGGGCUCGGUCGAGGCUGCGAUAAUGCGGCCCGUAACUAUCCCAGGAACAACGAUACCAUCAAUGAUAAAGAAGCAAAAUCAGAGUCAAUCUACAAGCUUCGUUUUCUCGAUGAAGACCGACAGCGCGAGACCCUGUUUGAGCCGGCAGCGUUUAUUUCUGGAGCCUCUCUCUUAUCGCUCAUGGAAACGUGA